UCCGCCCAGCUGCAACUUGAACUGCAGCACGUUGCAUACCUAGGUACGCUGCGCGAAGUCCGAGUUGGACAUUGGCACCAGCAGCCGAGCUCCGCAGCCUGUCACGACCGUUUUGAUACCAGUCGAUGAACAACUUGAAGUCGCUGACCCUAACUUGCGCAACGCCUCAACCUUCAAGUACCUGCUGAUCUUCUGUGGGCUGCUCGUGCAAAGUUCGCAGCUAUGCAGGCCUUCAGGUUCUCGUUGCUUCGGCAAGCCAGCAGAGGCUACGCGACAGUCUCGGCCAGCUCACAAUAUCAAGCUACCAUUCCCCAUUUGAAGAUCAACUCCGAUACCAAGGUCCUCUUCCAAGGGUUUACAGGUAAACAGGGGACAUUUCACGCCCAGCAAGCGAUUGAUUAUGGCACCAAAGUCGUGGGCGGCACAAACCCCAAGAAGGCUGGCACACAACACCUGGGUCUUCCCGUGUUCAAGAACGUGGCCGAAGGGGUGAAAGAGGCUGGUGCCAAUGCGAGUGUCGUUUUCGUUCCGCCCCCUGUGGCUGCGGCCGGUAUCGAAGAAGCGGUUGCAGCUGAAAUCCCUCUCGUCGUCUGCAUCACUGAAGGUAUCCCUCAGCACGAUAUGGUUCGGAUCACAAACAUGCUCAAGACACAGAAUAAAACACGUUUGAUAGGCCCCAACUGCCCCGGUAUCAUUGCUCCAGGUCGGUGCAAGAUCGGAAUUAUGCCCGGGUUCAUUCACAAGCAGGGCCGAGUUGGCAUCGUCUCCCGAUCGGGCACUCUGACCUACGAAGCGGUGAAUCAGACUACGAAAGCCGGACUUGGCCAAUCAUUGGUUGUGGGCAUCGGUGGUGACCCGUUCAGCGGCACCAACUUCAUUGACUGCCUCAAGGUCUUCAUGGAGGAUGACGAGACGGAAGGCAUCAUCAUGAUCGGCGAAAUUGGAGGCAGUGCGGAAGAAGAUGCGGCCGAAUACUUGAAGAGCGAGAACAAGAAGAACAAGCCUGUGGUGAGCUUCAUUGCCGGCAUCAGUGCCCCUCCUGGUCGACGGAUGGGUCACGCCGGUGCUAUCAUCAGCGGUGGUAAAGGAGGAGCCGAUUCUAAGAUCGCUGCGCUUGAGGCAGCCGGAGUGGUUGUGGAACGAAGUCCGGCAGCGUUGGGCAAGACUCUGCACGCGCAGUUUGUGAACCGGGAUCUCAUUUGAGCGGCACUGGCUUUGAGUGGUUUGUGCACCGGCAAUGUGGACAGGCGAGGAUCAAAGGAGUGGUUUAUUGUAUUUUGAUUAAAUCUGUCAGGGGCAGAGGCUGGUCGCAUUGUGUGUGGAUGUCGGCAUCUUCUGCUUCGUGCUUGACAUUUGACAGGACGUAGUCCUUUGUCCCUAGGAUUGCCUCGAUUGUCGGAAAUUCUCAAACAGCGCCGUUCUUAUGCAUAUUUACCCUUGUAUACAAUAUUUCAUCAUAACGCCUCGGUCAUUAUUAUAGGGAUAUCGCCCCUCGUCGGCUUGCCCGGACAUGCAGCCAGGCUUGGAAUCCACAGAACACGAGGAAGCCCUGUAUGACUUAGUAUGUGUUCAACAAUCUGGGGUCGGCAGACCACUUACGGCGUAAACUGCCACGGCGAUGAAUAUCGAAGCUGCAACUGCAGCCCCAUUUUCCGGAUCUUCUUCAAGCCCCAUCAUCAUAUGAUGGUCCCUCUGCAGCCAGAGCCAUUAGCACCCAAAUCCAACGCAAUAAGUGGUUAAGGGUAUAAAAGUCGGGAAGGGUCGUACCGCAAAGAGGCCUCCAAUGAUGGACAGAAUGACUACGGCAAAGCAUGAGAUAACCGUGCUGUCCAAGGGCACUGAAGGCGGAUACA